ACGAAAUGUGUUCUCUCUUACUUUAAGUUUCUUCCCCCCACCAAAACUUUCUCAUUGCCUCCCUCCCUAUAAAAAUAGUUGGAUCGAUAUCCACAUUCCUUAUGUGACCUCCAGAAAUUUAAUUACAGAAAAAAGUAAUUAAGGUUGUCCCACAAGCUAAUUCAAUGGCUUCCGCGUCUACCAGCGCAACCUACCCCAUCAAGACCGUCGUCGUUUUGGUCCACGAAAACCGAUCCUUCGAUCACAUGCUCGGAUGGAUGAAGUCCCUCAACCCUGAAAUCAACGGCGUAACGGGAAAGGAGUCCAACCUAUUGUCCACAACCGACCCAAGCUCCGAACAAAUCCACUACGGCGACAAGUCCGUGUUCGUCGUCCCCGAUCCCGGUCACUCAAUCCAAGCCAUCUACGAGCAAGUAUUCGGUGAGCCCUGGUCGGAGGAAUCUGCCGCGAAAGGUCUUUCUCCCAACAUGAGCGGCUUCGCUCAAAAUGGGGAGCGGACGGAGACGGGGCUGUCGGAGACGGUCAUGAACGGCUUUCUACCUGACAACGUGCCGGUGUUCAAGGAGUUGAUCUCGGAGUUUGCGGUGUGCGACCGGUGGUUUGCGUCAGUUCCGGCUUCGACGCAGCCGAACCGGCUGUACGUGCAUUCGGCUACGUCGCAUGGGCUUUCCGGCAAUGACACAAAGCUGCUCAUUCAAGGGAUGCCUCAGAAGACUAUAUUUGAAUCGGUGCAUGAAGCUGGUCUCAGUUUUGGGAUAUACUACCAGUACCCUCCGGCGACUCUUUACUACAGGAACCUUAGAAAAUUGAAAUACUUAAUACACUUCCACGAUUUCAAUCUUGAAUUCAAGAAGCACUGCGAGGAGGGGAAGUUGCCAAACUAUGUUGUAGUUGAACAAAGAUGGUUCGACCUGUUAUCGAUACCUGCAAACGACGACCACCCGUCUCAUGAUGUUUCGGUGGGCCAGAAGUUCAUAAAGGAAGUCUACGAAACAUUAAGAGCAAGUCCACAGUGGAAUGAAAUGUUGUUCAUAAUUAUAUACGAUGAACACGGCGGUUUUUACGAUCAUGUUCCAACGCCAGCUGUGGGAAUCCCUAGCCCUGAUGACCUUGUUGGUCCUGCACCAUAUAACUUUAAAUUUGACCGCCUUGGCGUUAGGGUUCCAGCCAUCUUAAUUUCUCCAUGGAUCGAGCGUGGAACAGUGUUGCAUGGGCCUUCAGGGCCAUAUCCUACGUCAGAGUUCGAGCAUUCUUCGAUUGCAGCAACUGUCAAAAAGAUUUUCAAUCUCAAAGAUUUUCUUACAAAGCGUGAUGAAUGGGCCGGCACUUUCGAGGGUGUUUUGACAAGAACGAGCCCAAGAACAGAUUGUCCAGUUACUUUGGGGGAACCCGCGAAACUGCGAGAGACGGGGCCACAAGAGGAGGCAAAACUGAGCGAGUUUCAAGAAGAGUUGGUACAAUUGGCGGCGGUAUUGAAUGGGGACCAUAGGAAGGAUAUCUACCCCGACAAGCUGGUGGAGAACAUGACCGUUGGAGAGGCUGCAAAAUAUGUUCAAGACGCAUUCAAGAAAUUCCAGGACGAAUGUGCGAAAGCCAGGGAAUCUGGGGUAGACGAGGAGGAGAUUGUUGUUUGCGCUACAACUGCAUCUUCCUUGGCAUCAAAAUCCUUGGUUCACAGGAUAUUUUCUUGUUUAAUCUGUGAUGGUUGACAAAUUUACCUCCACAUAUCACUUCUCUUGCGAAUUCCAUUAAUUCGAUCUUGGUUUCCAUUAAUUGAAGCACCCUGUACAACAUUCUUGGCUUGGAGCUGCAUGCCUUUGAUUGAUUCAUCGUAUAUUCAAUAACGUACUAGAGCCUGCUGUGCAGAUGUUCUGUAUUGUUGUUUGUGCUUUGUUGUGAUUAAUUAAAAUGUAAGAUAUUUCAUAAUAAA